AUGUUCAGUUUUAUUUUAUCGAUUUUUGCUCAUGCUCGAAUUCGGCGUCCUAUACCUUUAGCUGCUGUCCCUGAAAACCCAUCCGGGAACGAAUACAAUAAGCCCUUGAGAAUACAAGGAAACUCGUUUCCUUUUCCCUGCAAGAAUCUGCACAAACAACCGGGAGUAAAUAAAGCACCAACCGAAAUUUGGCAAGCAGGUCGCAUGGGAAGAUUUGAAAUUCUCAAUCAUAUGUCCGAUGGUGAAGGCAAUUUGGCUCCCCAUAGUGGGGGAAGUUGCCAGGCUUCCUUGUCGUUCGAUAACGGAGAAACCUGGAAAGUUCUGCAUACUUAUCAGGGCGGUUGUCCUCGUGAUGUAAAAUUUCGUUCGGAAAGAGCUGGUCCCAAUCAAGUAUUCUUCUUUCAUAUACCUGCAGAGACCCGAGCUGGUGCAGCGCUAUUUUCUUGGAGUUGGUUUGCAGUGACUCCAAGUCGUCCCGAAAUGUUUCAAAAUUGUGCGUCGGUGAUGAUUACGGGUUCGGGCAACGAUACACUAGAUCAUCUUCCCGAUAUGUUUGUCGGUGAUCUUACUAUCGAGGGGCAUAUAAAUCAAGGUGAAUGCCGUACUGCAUUAGGGUAUGCAGUGGUCUUUCCAGAUCCUGGUGCCGCUUUGACUAUUACAGAAGUCCCUGGUGUCAUAUUCAAGGAGCCCACCCCUGGCAAAUGUUAUGCGAAAGGAUCCAAAAACAAAACUGCUACUGUUGGUCAAAUGUGA